CGCUGCUUGCACUUGCGAGGCUUGCUAGGCAAUACAAACGAGUCCUGACUUCAGCUGGGUCCGAGCCGCGCGUGUUGUGAUUAGGCACGUGACUGAUGAGAUCUCGACGGCGAACCAGGCGAGCGGAGGAUUCACGACUUGUUCAAUGGCUUUCCAUGCCGCCUUUGUCGAGGCUAUCAAUCGUCUCAAUGAACGUCUCCCCGAUCGCACAGACACAUCUUCAGCUUCGAUUCUGCAGACAGAUUCCGCGAAUUUGCGCCAGUCGUUGGAAGACCAGCCGGCCCUGAACAAGUUUGCUCGGCGCCAGUAUGUAGCGCAAUUGGACAAGUUUGACAAGGGUUUGCAAGCUGCCCUGUCGAGGUUACAGGAGGAGAGUCUAACACCAGCUGAAGGUGCUACCCUUCAGGAUGCAAUCCCGGUCAGAGCCUCGGCACCCUCGAGGUUCCGACUCACGCGCAACGAGGAUCCCGAGCCAAAGACGCAAACUCAGGAGGACAGAGCCGCAAAAAGCACUUCGCCAAUACCAACACUGACAGCCGGGCGACGUCGAGGAGCAUAUGUCACGUUCUCAGACUGUCUCCGCGAUGCUCUAUUGAGCAGCAUCACCCUCGUUGACCUAGACGAGUGUUUCGUUGACUUGUCGACCGCGCCAGCGAACAAGCUGGCGGGCUUGCAUCUUAAGAAUCUACAUCGCUGUCUGGUUUUCGCGCCAGACAUUGCAAACAGCCUGAUGCUCCAUGACUGCACCGAGUGUUUAUGCAUUGUGCAAUGCCAACAACUGAGAGUGCACACGAGCUAUCGAUGUGCCUUUGCGCUCCAUUCUCGCUCCCCUCCUAUCAUAGAGAGCAGCAAUACGCUCGUGUUUGACGGCUGGCCGCUCGAUCUGUCGCCUGUAAUGAAUCAGACGCCCAGCAAGCAUGCGGAUGUGCAAGAUUUUGAUGAUCCGCUGUCGACCUCAUCCACACCGAAUUGGCAGCUUGCAACGCUUGACAAUAGGCUGACAGCGGGCUUGCGAGAGCUGCAAAGUAUAGGCAGCGCCAACGGUCGUUGCGAUGAGAGCGCUCUGCAAUCUGUACUGUCAGCUUUGCAGACCGUCAAGUGAUGCUGCA